CCCGUCAGCACGGCCGUCCCCUUCCUCCUCCUCCUCCUCCUCCUCCCCUUUCCUUCCUCUCUGUCUCUCUGUCUCCUCUUCACCUCCUCUCCUUUACUCCACUGAUCCUGACCACUGAGGAUGGAGACAUCGGUGAAAGCAGCGAAGGUGCUGGUGCCCCCCCAGCCUGACGUGGCGUCCCCCUCCCCGGCCGAUGAGAGCGCUGAGGGCGAGGCGGCGGCUGCAGCCUGCGGCCCCUCGCCGGACUUCAUCGACCCCAUGCUGGAGGUCAGCACGCGCCUGGCGCACAUCAUCAGCACCUACGGCUCGGCGGGCGGCCUCCUGGACAAACAGAGUGCGGUGGAGACGGAGACGAUGCAGGAGGAGGCGAAAGACGACAUCACCGUUACCACGGAGACAGAUGUCUCUCUCAUCAUGCAGAGUCUGAAUAACUUGUCCUCGCCUGAGGAGAAACUGGAAGAUCUGGUCAGAAAAUAUGCUGAACUGGCAGCCUUGCGGCGCGGUGAUGACAGGAAGCUGUGUGUCCUGCAGCAGAAGUUGUCUGUCCUGUUGGAGGAGAAGCAGCAGCUUCAGACCGAGCAUCACCGCAGCAUCACAGCUCGCAGCAAACUGGAGACGCUGUGCAGAGAUCUGCAGUCGCACUACAGCACACUGAGGGAGGAGACCCUGCAGCGCUGCAUGGAGGACGAGGAGAAGAGGAAGGAGAUCACCUCUCAGUUCCAGAAGAUGCUGACAGAAAUCCAGGCUCAGAUCGAGCAGCACAGCGCCCGAAACGACAAGCUGCACCGCGAAAACACCAACCUGACCGAGAAACUGGAGAGUCUCAUGAACCAGUGCGAGCUGAGGGAGGAGAGUCUGGAGAAGAUCAACAAGCACCGCGACCUGCAGCACAAACUGACCGAGGCCAAGCUGCAGCAGGCCAACGCUCUGCUGGCCGAGGCCGAGGAGAAACACAAGAGGGAGAAGGAAUAUUUGCUUAGGGAGGCAAUUGACAAAACAAAGAAAUGCUUCGCUAUGAAGGAGCAGGAGCUGGCCAUGAAGAAGAAGCUGACCCUGUACGCAGAGAAGUUUGACGAGUUUCAGGGGACGCUGGCCAAAAGCAACGAAAUCUUCGUCCGCUUUAAAAAGGAGAUGGACAACAUGUCGGCCAAGAUGAAGAAAGUGGAGAAGGAGUCGGGUCUGUGGAGGACGAGGUUUGAGAACUGCAACAAGGCUCUGACCGACAUGAUGGAGGAGAGAACCGAGAAAUGCAAAGAGUACGACCUGUUCGUCCUGAAGAUUCAGAAGCUGGAGAAGCUGUGUCACGCCCUGCAGGACGAGAGGAGGGUCCUCUAUGCCAAGAUCAAAGAAGUCCGCCACGCUAACACAAACCUCCCAUCAAAGGUCUUCGGCAGCUCCAACUCAGAGACUGCUGACAAACCUGUCCUGAAUCCUGAGGAGCUCCAGGAGCUCCAGGAGGAAGACCCGGUCCUGACAGAAGACAUGGCUCGUCUGAGGGAGGAGCAGGCCAAGCUGCAGCAGUUUGCCGCCUCCCUGUUGACCACACCUGCCGACAACGAAGACGACAAUGAUGAUGAUAUAGACCUUGAAGAAGACAUCGUGGCUUCUGCGUUUACCCAGUUCAAAACCAAAACUCAGGUCAAAGAGGAGCUGGAUUCAGUCUCUGAGCAGGGGGGAGAUGUAAAAUCAGAGGCAGCAGGAAGUGAUCUCACACUGCCAGAGGAAAUGGAGGUUCAAAAGCCAGAUGUGUCAACACCAGAAGGUCCAGCACCUGAGGAGAAGACGUCUGAAAUGACAGAUCCAAAACCAGAAGCAGUAAAAGUCCAAACACAAGUCGAGGUGAAAGCAGAGGAGCAGAUCCAGCAGCAGCCUUCUGAUCAGGAACCAGCACCAGAGGCUGAGAAAGUCGAGGCUGAUCCACCAACAGAUCCAAAACCAGGAGCAGCAGAGGAGGAGCCGAGUGAGGUCAAACCAGUGGCCCCAGUAGAAGACGAGAACCUCCAGCAGCAGCAGCCAGCUGAACCAGUGCAGGUGUCAGACGAAGCAGCUGCCCCCCUGAACGGCGACUCCUCUAAGAAACAGGCACCAAAGAAAAAGAAGAAGAAGGUCAGCAAGAACUCCAGCUAAGGUUUAGGCUGCGCAGACGUGUAUGUGUGUGUGUGUGUGUGUGGUGUUAUUGUGGAGUAGAGUGUGUGUGUGUAGCUGAAAUCACAUUAGGCCUUUCAUCUUUUGUAAAGGUUAAAAUCUUUAGUUUGUCCCAGCUGGAGCAGCUGACGUGUUCUCCCAUCAGUUCCAGUGCCACCAGCUGAGGACAGACCAACGAAGCGACUGUAUUUCACAGUUUCAGUGUCAGAUUGAGUUUGGUCUGUUUGGUGAAGUGAGACCACAGUGACAGGCAGAGCAGUGUUAGGUGCCAUAAACUCUGUGUCAAAAUAUCCCAAUCGUUAUUUAAUAGGCUGCGUCAUCGAACCGCGACGCGUUACGACGACUCCAAUAAAAGGAUUUUUGGAUUAUU